CAGGCUUCAGAGUGGGCAAGGCAAUAGCAGCAUCACAGCCACCACAGACGCCACUACCGCAGGAGCAACACACGGACAGCCACGCCUCUGACGAUUACUGGAUGAACACGGACGAGGUCAAAAUCACAUCAUUGUUCGUACCCCAGUACGUGAAGAAAGGCGAGGAGGCAGAGCUGAAGUGCCAGUGGUCACCUAACAAAAACAUUUAUUCUCUCAAGUGGUAUUUUAAUGAUAUUGAAUUCUUUUCUUACAAACCGGGUGAUCCUACCGUGGUAACGCUGCCUGCCGACAGCUUCAAGAUUAACAUCAGCACGAUCAACAACACGGGAGAGAAGCUCAUGUUGUCCGAGGUGGAGAUGGCUGCUUCAGGGAGCUAUAAGUGUGAGGUCACCAUGGAGAGCCCCGGCUUUCUCACUGCGGAUAAGAGCGCCAGGAUGACUGUUGUGGACAUUCCGGAGGAAAAGCCGAGGAUAACCGGAAUCGCGCAUCAGUACCGGAUUGGGGACGUAGCGAACCUCACCUGCAGCUCAGCACCGUUCAUUCUUAAAGCACACCUAACCUGGUACAUCAAUAAUGAAAGGGCCCCUGCAGAGUACCUCACGCCCAUGCCCAGCACAACACACCCGGGAGGGCUUCAGGUGGCUCACAAGAAGCUGCGUUUCACCGUGUCUCCAAAGCACUUCAGAGGCGGAAAGAUGAUCCUUCGCUGCACCGCCUCCAUCUUGCGACUGUACACGAAGACCCAGCAACACAAUGCAGAGGGAUUACUCACCUAUCACAUCCCCAUGCUGCCCUCAAUCGAGAAGUCAGCAGUUCCUGGGCGAGCAGGAGAUGGGGGAAGGGGACGCGUGUUGGCAGUGGUUAUAGGAGCCCUGGUGUUGGUAGAAGUGGUGGGUGCAUCAAUCUUCUCCACCCCUGCCACUUUAAUCCUCCUCACCUCCACACGGUGACUCCCAUGUCCGCUAUCAUCAUCUCCGACCUGCAGGAGCAUCACCAACAUCACCACUGCUAUCAACAACUGCUGUAAUAACAAAAGGAAGAAAGGAAAACUGUGGAAUACUAAUGAUAAUGGAAGCAGCAGGUGUCGUGGUUCGUUCCUCUGCUGUAGAAAUAUAAGCAUGUGCAUUAUAGAGAGAUGUAGGAACACUAACAAUUGGAAAACUAGCGACAACAGAGACAGCUGUGAAUAUAAGAAAGACAACUGUGUAGGGACAAAACUCAGAAGUAAUAUUGACAGUAACAAUAGCACAAAAAUGAAGAAGGACAAAAGCAGCAACAACAACAGUGGCAACAGGAUCAGGAGCAAUAUCAUCAACAACAAUAGCAGCAACAAAAACAACAACAACGACAACAACAAUAACAACAGCAACAGCAGCAACAAAUUUCAAGCUAAUUUUAAACCACAAUUGUCCACCAGUAGAUAAACCAAGAGUAGAAAUCACAACACAUGCUUCCUCUUACUCCUUUUCAGUCGCAGUAAGAAUAUCAGUAAGAAGAAACUGAGAGUCUUUUAAAAUACAAUUUGUACGCUUUGAUGUUCUAGCCUGUAGAUAUUAUAUGUUCCUAUUGUGUGUUCUUGAAAUACGAAUCUUUUUCAAUAUAUCAAGAUAUGAUGGAGAGAGAGAGAGAGAGAGAGAGAGAGAGAGAGAGAGAGAGAGAGAGAGAGAGAGAGAGAGAGAGA